AGCCUCGCGUGCCUCUUUCGAGCUCGAGGACUUGUCCCGUUGUCGCGUUCGUUGCUUGGGAAGCGAGAGAACCGUUGACCCUGGGCCAGAUUUCUUCUGGCUGGGCUGGGCUCUGGGCCGAGUUCGUAUCUCGUCAUUGGCAUUUGGUUUGGUUUGGUCUGGUCUGGUGUGGAUGGUGCGGUGGUGAGAGAGAGAGCUAGCGAGCGAGUGAAUGAAUGAAUGCCUUGUGAGCUUCACUUCACUUCGGUGAGGAAUCGCCGACGGUUGACAAACCGGGACACGAAGUCGGCUGCGAGGUCCGUGCUGGUUCGUUGGCAUCCGGCCAGUCCCGAGGAUUGACUCACGGAGUGAGCGACGUAUCAAUGCUGGUUUAGGAAGAAUGACGGCCCAUAGGCAGCUGCAUGCGUCGCAAGUUCGAGAUUCAAGAUAACAGUCAAAUGCACGGAGAAUACAGGAACGAAGUAUCGGUAAUAUGAGGAGUUGCUAUCAACGGGAGUUGGCAGUCAUGUGCUGGGGCUUUUCUACCAUACCUUUCGGAUAUUCAUCUAUUUCGUGAAUUGCUCUGCCCUUUCUGAGGAAGAUCUAAAGGAGAUGGGUUCCGUUUGCGGCAAGGACCAGCAGGUUUCUCCUAGAGAACUGGAAGAAAGGGUUCAGGCUGAAAGAAUUGAUCAAAGAAUACGGAGGGAAACUAAAGCAGAUAAGGACGUACCCAAGAAGCUGCUGCUCCUAGGAGCUGGAGAAUCAGGAAAAUCUACCAUUUUUAAGCAGAUCAAAGUUCUGUUUCAAGAAGGCUUCGCUGAUGGAGAGCGAAUUAAUUACAAGACUGUAAUAUACGCGAAUGUGUUUCAGUCAAUGAAAAUCCUUCUUGAUGGCCUUCAAGAGUUCGCACAGUCGGAUCAGGAGAAGUAUACAUUGAAGGCUUCAAAUAAGGCGAUUGGGGAAGAACUUGCUGAAGUUGGAGGUAGAUCAGAGCUUCCAUUGCUAACGCAGGAUUAUGCGAAGAAACUGGAACUACUAUGGAAAGAUCCUGCUGUUCAGGCAGCCUAUGCAAGGGGAAGUGAGCUACAACUACCAACUUGUACAGAGUACUUUUGUAAUAAUUUGCAACGACUUUCACAAAUUGAUUAUGUGCCCUCUCAGGAAGAUGUUCUUUUUGCACGAGUGAGGACUUCUGGAAUUGUCGAAACAACCUUCAGGCCAGGCAGAUCUGAUUUGUACAAGCUUUAUGACGUUGGAGGUCAACGGAAUGAAAGAAAGAAGUGGAUACAUCUUUUUGAGGGUGUAACAGCUGUCAUAUUUUGUGCUGCACUUAGUGAAUACGAUCAGACGCUUUCUGAGGAUGAAAAUACCAACCGUAUGGUGGAAGCGAGAGAUUUGUUUGAUUGGGUGUUAAAGCAGUCAUGUUUUAAGGAAACCUCGUUCUUACUUUUUCUGAACAAGUUCGACUUAUUUGAACAAAAGAUUCACAAGGUGCCUUUGAGUGUUUGUGAAUGGUUUAGUGAUUAUAAACCCGUCUCGACAGGACGAGCUGAGGUCUCACAUGCCUAUCAGUACGUUGAGAAAAAGUUCAGGGAGGUAUUUCACAAGAACACGAAUGCUGGAAAUGUAAGGAGGGUGUUCCAAGUGUACAGAACUACUGCCGUUGACAAAACGCUGGUUGAAAAGACGUUCAACUUGGUAGAUGAAGCGCUCACUCGAGAGCUACUGAGCAGAGGUGGUUUCAUUUGAUUCGCGACAUCGUCCAACACUUUUGGAUCCACUGCUUCUGGGAAGACUUGGACUGCUCUGCUUUCAACGAUUGAUUGGAUUCAGGAUGAUUUUCUUCGAAGAAGGCAUCUCUUUUCCAGCCUGCUACUCUGCAUCCGCCGGUUGUACAUCUGAUCCACUGGAGGAUAAUCUAGUGUCUCAGGCUGGUUGUGAAGUCGUUUGAGAAUUGGAGAUGGAACCACACAGCAACAGCAUGUAGAUUGCGAAUGUGGAGAUGGUUCACCCAUAUUGUAAACUGGCACUACACCUGACGCCACUUGUAACUAGAUGAUACGGGGUCAUUCGAAGGUGAUGCGAGUGAUAUUUGACUGUAGAAGAAAUAUGCCUCAGCAGAUCCUACAAUGCAAUUUAAAAAUGUAAGAAGUCUCCCAGAUAUUGCGAGCUUCUGUAACGUGGUAGGACCAUUCCUCAAGGAUAAGGCUUGUCAUCCUACACUGCAUAGAACUCUCUAGACUCUUGCCUUCUGUAGUCAAGAGUGGUAUCAAGAGCAGUUGAUUGGUUUCUUUACGUCUUUUCCCAUAGGAAGGACGAAAUUGUUGUGGGCUUACACUUGCUUGUCGUAAAACUUUCUGGUCAUCCAACCAGAUUCCUUCUGCGGAUUUUAGGUUGUGUAGACUAAGGACUUCGAGCGACAGGACUGCUCCAACCUAACGUGAACGUGAACAAGGAUUGAGUGCAUGGUUACGACUGUCACUGACAGCCAAAUGUCGGGGUCCAGAGAAGGAAGACUGAGAAACCAGACACGUCAAGUGCAUGCAAUCGAAACAGGAGGUUCUUCGUCGACCACGAACUGAAUUCUAGAGUGGAGAUAUGGCAAUUUCACCCUUGCCCACGUUGAGUUUGUUACAUUGUGAAGUCUGCCAUAAUCUCGCAUUUUGGUCUUUAGAACCCUGUGGGGAAGAUAAUCUCUUCGGAAAUUUGAUCACUUCAAAAUUCGCCUUAGCUCCAGGAUGAUUUUUCGAGUUUUUCACUUGAUAUCCGCGACCUCUCAGUUCAUUACCUGUGCUAAAUACAUUGCAUCCAAGCUCGGCAGGGUGGAGCCGUCUCGAGAGAACUAGUGAACAACCUUAGGUGCGACGAGCGGAUCCCACCAUGCCCCACAUCUACCCGACAUCAUUAUGCAACGUCGUGGAGGGUUUGACACUUAUCAAGUGGUAGACAUUGUUAGGGACUUUGCCUUGAGACCAGACGUAGAGAGCUGACGAGACAGAGAAGACAUCAAACAUCAGUGUAGAUUUACGAGGGCUUGAAAAAUGAGAGCAGAUUUUGAUCCCAGUUAGGUGUUCUCUUUUAAUCAGGAAAUACUGCCAGGAAAGCAAUGCCUGGCAAGAUAGUGGUGAAAUCAGGCCUCAGUCAGUCACCAAAUGCCUUUUGAUACGAAUCGUACCUCAGUCAUGAUGGACCAUUGUGCACGACCAGCAUCCAUCUAGCUUUACACGCUUCCAUCAUGCGUGUUAUGCUCUCGGCCGAUGAAUGUUGUCUCACCUGAGUGACAUACAGAAGGAGUGUGGUCCUGCGCUGCUGGCACCGUACAAAGUUGCAAGCGACGUCUGCAGAGCUAUGUAGGCAUGAAUGACGAAACCAAGAAGAAGUGACGAUGGCCUCAGACUGAACCAUGGAAAAGUGAAGUUGCCUAUGGAAGUGUGCCAAACUAGUGCAUUGCGGCUUUUACGCCUCAUGUGGUUCCUCAGCAACGAACUACUCGUUAAGUGGUCCAGUCAUCACCGUGAGAGUUCGCUAUGAUGAUUGGACCUUGACGUUGACUGGGGCUUGAAAAAUGUGCACCGGACCUUUGUUAACGUGGAUGCCAUCGUAUGAUGCCCAUGGAUC